CGAUUGUUUCUGCAUUCUAUCGGGUGCCUCCAUACAGUGCUGAGGUGCUAAAGUUGGGCGUCAAGUGCACGGUUCGAAGUUCCCGAAGUGUUCCCACCGAGACGAUCCGGUUUCGGAUCCGUGAUCCUCCGCGUAGCGCAAGCAACUAAUAGAAACUAUGCGCUGUAGUGUAUAAUGGUGCAAACAACCUAGAAUCACACGGUAGCCGCCAUCAUCACGCGCUUAUAGUGUUAUUUCCAACUUUAAAACUCUUGCGCUUCAAACACGCACGAAACGAAGCAAUGGGCUCAGACAACAACGCCACGGGAGACGGGAAACCGUCGGAGGUGUCCAACGGCGCGACCAAGGAUUUGGAGCAGAUGAAAUCGUACAGUGGCGAAGGCAAAUCUCCGAGUGGGUUCGGUGCGCGUCAUGUACAAACGUUGCUACUCUUCUUCGGGCUCACGGUGGCGUACGCGUUGCGCGUUAAUCUUUCGGUCGCGAUCGUGGCAAUGGUUGAUCGGCACGCCGCCAACAAGGACUUUGAAGAGUUCGACUGGGACGAGCGCACAAAGUCGCUGAUCCUGAGCAGCUUUUUCUGGGGCUACGUGGUCACGCAGAUCCCGGCCGGUCAGCUGGCUCAGCGUUUCGGGCCAAAGAUGCUGCUUCUGCUGUCGGUGGGUAUCUGCUCAGCGCUAGCUGUCCUAACACCGGUUUGUGCCAACGCUGGCGACGCGAAGGCCGUCAUUGCACUGCGUGUGAUUCAGGGGCUUUCUCAGGGUUUCAUUUUCCCCUCGACUCACACCAUGCUGUCACGCUGGGCACCGGCCUCGGAACGAGGUCGGCUCGGGACACUGAGCUACGCGGGCGCACAAUUCGGUACAGUGUUGAUGCUUGCCAUUAGCGGUGUUCUCGCAUCGUCCUCUCUCGGGUGGCCUGGCAUUUUCUACAUUUCCGGCGCCGUUGGACUGAUUUGGUCGGUGGCGUGGUUCUUUUACGGUUGCAACUCUCCGUCCGAGUACCGAGGCAUCGCUCCCGAGGAGCGCGAGUUUAUCGAGAGUUCGCUCGGAUCGCAGGAUCACAACCGACGCAUUGUGACGCCAUGGUUGGCGAUCUUAACAUCGGCACCGAUGAUUGCACUGACGAUCGCACACAGUGCCCACAACUGGGGCUUCUGGACUUUGCUCACCGAAAUGCCAACCUACAUGAAGGAGGUGCUAGAGAAAGACAUUAAGAAGAACGCUUUGCUUUCUGCCCUACCUUACUUUGUGAUGUGGAUGUUGAGCUUCGUGUUCAGUCCGAUAUCUGAUUUCCUCAUCAAUCGCAACUAUCUGACGCGAGUAGCUGGUCGAAAGCUGUUCAAUACGAUCGGGCUUUGGAUACCGAUGGCGGCUCUGCUAGGUCUGGCAUUCGUUCCGAAAGGAAGCUCAGACUUGGCGGUGGUUCUGCUGACGCUAGCGGUCGGAAUCAAUUCGGCCACCUAUUUGGGCUUCCAGGUAAAUCACAUCGAUCUGGCACCGAAUCACGCCGGCACUAUGAUGGGAAUAACGAACUGUGCGGCCAACGUUAUGUCCAUAAUUGCGCCACUCAUCGUCGGCGAGGUGAUAACGGACGCGAGCGAUCCGAUACAGUGGCGUUGGGUGUUUUAUAUUGCGGCCGGUAUAUACUUUUUCGGUAAUCUGAUGUUCCUCAUCUUCGGCAAGGCGGACAUUCAGUCGUGGAACGAACCCGAAUCGCCCAUCCCUCAUUCGCAAACGAACGCAAACGACUCUGAUGCCACGCGAAGAGCCAGCAAUACAAAUCACAGUGAUUAGGUGUUAUUUCUGUUUAUGUGUGCGUGGGUGAUCCUGUCUAGUCCCGUCGGAAACGGUACGGAAACGCUGGAUAGUUGGAAUGUUCGUUGUUUUCUUAUGAUCAUGGAGAGCUUUAAGGAGUUGAAAAGGCAGACACGCUAACCGUCAAUUCAUAACCGAUACAGGAAAACUGGGCCUACUACGCUAUGGAGCGUAACGAUGUGAAAUAGUAGCUGAAACUAAACAAAAAGUAACUUACCACGCUGCAUGCGUGUUUUUAGCACAGAGUGGCAUUUAUUGUUUUUCCUUCUGCUUUCACCAGCCGUUGGUGAAAAAAGUCGUAGGAAAAAGAACCGUGGCCUAUAUUUAUGGAUCGUUAAUAAUAAAAACUACAGUAAAAAAGCGC